UUUUUUCUUAGCCUUAUAUCUGACCUCGACUGUGGAAUAAGUCAUGAGGCGGCGAGGAAGCCAAGCCAGUCGUGCAACAGCCGCCGUACAGACACCACCACCAUGCGCGCCUCUCUCGUCCUCCUCGCUGGCGUCGUCCUCCUCGCCCUCCUGUGCGGGACCGAGGCUCACCACUGCCCGGAUUGCAGCACCGUCUCCUGCCCGAGCACAGCCAACUGCAACCAUGGCACCGUGCUCGAACACUGCAACUGCUGCAACGUCUGCCGGAGGCAUUCCGGCGAGAUAUGUGACGGUCCCUCCCAUCUCGACGGCGUUUGCGAGCAUCCAUCAAAAUGCAAUGGAAACAUUUGUUCUUAGAACUACUUACAUUGCUGAUCCUCGUGUACAGUUAAAAUAAUGCAAAAUGAGACGUUCCCAUCCUGCGCCCCAGUCACCCCUUCCCUCCUCGCAUUCCUCGUCACGUUUUCUUCUUCUCGGGCUUGUCACUACUCGACACCUCACCUAUCGACAAGAAGCUGAGGAGUCGACCACUGGCUGGCUUGAAAAGGCUGGUGGCACCACAUACCGAAAACAAUGGAAAUGAAAAUGCUGCCCUUUCUGUGUGUGUUCUGUAUGGAUUUAUCCGUGUAUAUGUGUUUGUAAUGACCAGAUAUAUGUUAUAUAUCGGUUUAUUUACAAAAGGACAAAGCUCCAGAGAGUUUAUGAAAAACUACUAUCAGGACAUCCCAUUUUCUGUAACAGUUUAGGGUCACGGAAGGGAGUCAGAGCGCAUUUCAUUAAAGCAAAUCAACUUGUGUUUGACUACACAACAAGGUACAAUGCGCAAUAAAUGAUGUAUUUUCAUUAAAGAAAUGUAAUGAUUGCUAUCUUAUAUUAUAAAAGGUUUUUAUGGAACACAACCAAAAUCAUUAUACUUUUUUCUAUUUACUUUUCUCAGUAUUUGUAACGGUAAUUCACCGAACAAAGAUAGACAACAAUGUUAAAUUAACUAUACAUUCAUUUAAUGUCGUUUUAGUCACAAUUAAUAUCAUGUCAAGGAAAAUAUUUUAAACUCGUAUUCACCCGAGGGGAGACGUGGCCACGAGACGAGAAUGAGGUCAGACGCGGAGACAAGCUCCAGGAAGGAAGACGUCCGGAACAGAGAGCGUAAGGCUCGCUGCUUAUAAAUGAGUAUAAGACUCAUUUUGCCGAAUGUUACGUUUUACUGUAGAAGCAUAAGGCUUCUCAUUGCUCAGGCAGCGAACAUAAGGUUCGUUGGCCAUUUAGUGAGUAUAAGACUCACGAAACGAGGAACCAGUAGGAGGGUUCGGAAACCAUAAUUUUCGGUGAGUUGAAAUAAUUACCCCGUGAUUUGCUAUUGUUGUAAUACUAAAAUUAUAUAUUAAGUGUUAUGUAUUUGUAUGUAUAUGUUAAUUAUGCAUAAUAUUUUUAUGUAAUUCUAUGUUUAUUCUUUGAUGUAAUUGUAAUUAACUAAUUUGUAAAUUUUCUUAUAUGUUAUUUCUUUGUAAUUUCAGUAAUCAGCAUAUAAACAUUUGGACAAACAAAA